AUGGUUUUCCCCGUGAAUUUAACUCAUCUCAGUGAGAUCAAGGAGCAGUACAACCUUUCGAACCAUGCAACUUACAACGAGGCUCAUAUCGACGGUCAGGUGGAGUCGCGCUCACCGGACGAGGAGUUUCAAACCGACGGUCAGUUGUCGACCCACUCAUUGGACGAAGGGUCGCUGGUUGAAUCCCGGCUAGCGUGCGGCGACGCAGUGGCAGCGGAAGUCGCGGAGGAGAUACUGAAGGAUGAGGUGGUUCGCCGGCUCGACCGGCUGGGAAACGUGAGCGACUCGGCACAUUACUUGCAGCGCACGUUUCUCAGCGACGCGUCGUUGCGCGCCGCGGCGCUCGUCAGCGAUUGGAUGGAGGAGGCCGGCAUGUACACGUGGAUGGACGCGGUUGGCAACGUGCACGGCCGUGUCGACGGGUCGCAUCCCGACGCGCCUGUGCUGCUGCUCGGCUCGCAUCUGGACACGGUCGUUGACGCUGGUCGGUUCGACGGGGCAUUGGGCGUAGUCACAGCCGUCGCCGCAGUAAAGCUCUUCCUCACAGCGUGCGGGGCUGCGGCGCUGCCUCGCCCCGUGGAGAUCAUCGCGUUCAGCGACGAGGAGGGCAUGCGAUUUCAGUCAACGUUCCUGGGGAGCAGGGCCAUUGCUGGGACUAUUUCUCCGGCCAUGCUGCAGAUGAAGGACAGCAAAACAUCCGCAGCAGGAAAACGAGCAGCAGCAGCAGCACCAGCAACAGCAGCAGACGGGCCAGCAGACGUGCGUACAGCUCGCUACCUCCCUGAGAGCGUAUGGGGCUACGUGGAAGCACACUUAGAGCAAGGCCCGGUGUUGGAAUCCCUAGAGCAGCCUCUGGGGGUGGUGCUGGGGAUAGCAGGGCAGACGCGGGCGGAGGUGACAGUAGAGGGCGAGCAGGGGCACGCGGGGACUGUGCCUAUGCGGCUUAGGAGGGACGCUGUGGCUGGCGCUGCUGCUGCUGUUGUGGCUGUGGAGUCUGUUUGCCUGGGGAUAUUGAGAGAGGAAGAGGAGGAGGAAGGGUUGGGAGGGAGAGACUGGAGUGGUGGUAACAGCAGCAGCAGCAGCAGUGGGAGUGAGGGAGGGAGCGGGGCAGGCAGUGGGCUGGUGUGCACGGUGGGGAAGGUGGUGGCAUGGCCGGGGGAGAGCAACGUGAUAGCAGGGAGCGUGGCGUUCACUCUGGACGUGCGGGCGCGGAGCAACGGUGUGAGGCUCGCUGCUGUGGCGGGGAUCGAGAGGGAGAUAGGGCGCAUCUGCAGUGACCGAGGGCUGUCAUGCCGGUUUGCAGUGAAGCAUCAAGCUGACACAGUGGACUGCUCGCCUCCCCUCGUCUCCAUGCUACACCAGGCAGCAGUUACUGCCCUCACUGCUACUACACACCACACCAUUCUCAGUAGCGCCCUCGCUGCCUCGCACCAAACCCGAAUAGCCGCUGCUGUUGUUGGUACUGAUACUGCUCCUGCGCAUGAUGCUGCUGUUGCAUCUGACGCUGCUGGGUUCCAGGGAGCCACAGCUGGCAGCAGCAGUGGCAGCAAGAACACGUGUGAAGCGGCAUAUGGGUGCAGGAAGCACGAGGGUGGGGAGCAAGGGCAGAGAGAGCAACAAGAAGAGCAAGGGGGGCAAGGGCAGCACGUUCCUCGGCUUGUGAGCGGCGCAGGACAUGAUGCCAUGGCAAUGGCAGAUCUCACCCAGGUUGCGAUGCUAUUCGUGCGAUGUCGAGGGGGUGUGAGUCAUCGCCCGGAUGAGUUUGUAAACCCACACGACCUCCACAUGGCGUCUACUGCUAUCUUUAGAUUGCUUAUAUUAAUGCCUUAA